AUGUUCUUGAGACCAACUCCACAUCCUCAAAGAUUCCAAGGGCCUUCAUGUGUCAUCAUGUGGGUACUUGGUCCACAAAGUCCAUGGAGAAGAGAGCAUUGUAGUGCUCUUGGUACAUGGGGAGUUCUCUUCCUCCUCUUGUCUCCUCCUCCAUGGCUCAUCUUGGUUCCCUCUUGCUCACUCUCAUCAACCAAUUGGUUCACCUCUUCUCCUUCCUCUUCACUCUCAGUCUCAUCACUUCCUUCUUCAUUGGAGAGCCAUUUCCCUCCUCUUGAACAAGGUUCACUCCAAUCUCAAACUCCCCUUGCUCACUCUCACUACUAA